CUCAACAUUUACUCUAAGGUCGGGGCGCGAUAAUUUCAAUUACGUGUGCUCCCAGCCAGCUGUAUAUAGGCGACCGACACACGGCGAGCCAUCCACGACAGCCUGAGUUUCUCCCACGCCAGGCUGGUUGGAUAGCGGGGCGUAAUAAGACCGGACCGAGUGCCAUCUCACGCAUUAGGAAAAUUAGCGCCCUGCCAAAUGCCAGCCUCUCUCCGUGCAAUCCCUGCGAGCGACGCGAGAAAGGCCAGGUAAAAGCGCCUUGGGCGCGAAUUAGGAAAUCGGCCUCGAUUCACCGAGUAGAAUAAAAGCCAGCGAGAGAGCUCUUCACAGGUUAGGGCGGUUGAGCUAGUUCGGCAUUAGCGCCCCCCGAAACUAUACUAGGCACACCAUCGGCUCUAGAAACCCCCGAAGGCCUUCCCUUACCUUCUACGAAUUCUUAGGCGCUCAGGCGAAAGGCUUACCAGCUCGUAUCCGUCACCCCUCGUAGCGAUUCCGAGUUCUCUUCGCCGUGCUGUUUCAGUUACCCAUGCCGCCGCGCAUGCAGCGCCUAACCGAAUAAUGGGAGCAUGAGCUCCUAAGACGCCCGUUUCAGUCAAAAAUUUGCUCUUCGGUUCGACGCGUUCUAAGUCGCCCCAAAACGCGGCAGGUGUUUCCUUCCCUCCGCCCAGCACACAAGUCGUUGGUAACGACUCUUUCUUCAUCCGGAAAGCUCGUGCAACAACUAUCGUUGGUAACGAGUCGUUAGUAUCGAGUUGCUAGUAUCGAGUCGUUAACAUCGCCGCAUCAGCGGCAGCGACUUCCAUGUAACGCCAGCGCAAGUCAGCAAGAAUAUGCCCCUCCGGAGUUGUCAGAGGGGCUGCUGAACUGAGGCGGCUCAUUUUUGAGUCGAAAAUCAACUGAUCUGAGGCGGCUCAAAAAUCAACUGAUCUGAGGCGGCUCAUUUCAGAGCGCAGGAAGGCUGUGGUAGCCCUAGCCCUAUAUCCACACGACUGUGUUUUGAGUCGACUCAAAACACACCCUUCGGAGUCGUUAGAGCGGGUGCUAAUCUAAGGCGGCUCAAAUCAGAGCGCAGGAAGGCUGUGGUAACCCUAUAUCCACACAACUUAUCAACAGGCACGGGCGCGGGCGUGGGCGUGGGCGGGGGCGCGACUUUCGCAGCUGUGGGGCCAGCUAGAAGCUCUCCGUGCGUUUCUUGCUGCUGGUGCGGGCGCGACUUUCGCAGCUGGUUCAGUUUCUUUUCUCCGCGUGCCACGUCACCAUGGCUCCGGUAUUGCCACGAUGCGCGGCGUCCAAUCCACUUCUGCCAGCUGUCACCCUAUCACUUCUGCUGUUCUCUGCCGCUGCCGGGGUCGCCGGCGGCCGGCACGGCGGCUUCCACCCUCCGCGUGGCGAAGAGACCGCGGCAGCGGUGCCGGCGGAAACCGGGGUUGCGGCGGCGGCGAUGGACGAGGGGACGGCGGCGGAGGAAGUGCGUCGCGCGCUGUCGCACGUGCCUGCGAAAGGUUUCGCCGUGUUUCGCCAGCUUCUCGACGAGCGAUACGACGAAAUCGCGUCAGCGCUAGUGGCGCCGCUGCUGGCGGGGCAGCCGAUCACGCUGCUGGUUCCGACCGACGGGUGCUUCCACCCGUCCACCAGCCUCAAGCAUUCGGCACCUGGACACCAUCUGCGAACUGCACCAAAUGCCGCAUCCGAGCCAGCAGUCGAAGCUGCAUCCGAGCCAGCAUCCGAUGCUACAUCCGAUCCAGCAUCCGAUGCUACAUCCGAGCCAGCGGCCGAUGCGACAGCCGAGGCAAUUCAAGGAGGGUUGAAUGUGACUAUAGAAGACAGUCAGAAUAUUCCGAGCAGCGAGGAAGCUACUAACGAGGGAGGGUUGAAGAAGGGCCGUAGGCUGUCAGAUGCAGCAGAGGACGAGCGGCCUAUGGGGCACGAGGAUGACGUGGACGAAGCGGAUAAGGCCGGUGAUGUGGCAGCAGGUGCUGACGUGGCGGGAUCCAGCAGAGAAGUGGCGGAUUUCUUGUUGGCGCAUGUGCUGGUGGGCGCGCAUUGCCAUGGAGCGAUGAGUAGGAGGCAGCAGAAGGGCGCAUGGCAGACGCCCAUGCUUGGUGGUGAUAGCCAUGUGACCCGCCUCAUAGCGCCAAGUGACGAAAGCCCCUUGGUGUUGAUUCACAAGCAAGGAAGCAUAGAUGGCAAUACAGCUCCACACAUGCAUAGAAGCAUGUAUGAAGAUGCGGCUCCGCACAUGCAUGCCGGCAUGCGCGGAGGCAUGCAUGUAAGUGUGCAUACAAACAUCGAUGUGGAUAUAGUGCAAACGCAAGGACAGCUGCAGCAUCAGCAGCACAACCAGGGCGGGUCCUCUGCUCACGCUGCUGCGGACAAUGCUGCCGCUGCUGCGGACAAUGCUGCCGCUGCUGCUGACAAUGCUGCUGCUGCUGCUGACAAUGCUGCUGCUGCUACUUCAAAUGACAUCUCACCAGGGAGACAACCAGCUGGCAGAUUCGCCUGGAGUGUAGUUACAGUUCCUGACAUUUAUGUCAGCAAACGGAUCGUGCUACAUGGGGUACAGCACCACUGACUGACCUGUAUUCAUAACAUAACGCCGUGCACAGUGUGCAUAUGUCUCACUAUUGUAACUGUCUGUACACAUACACUUGUUUGUUAGAAUGCAAGAAUGAUUAGAAACAA